CUUCCUCCAUAUAACCUUGACCCUUUUAUUGAAAAUGUAGAUGAGAAAAAGUUUGAUCACAUUCGCGAUGCUCCUAUGCUUUCUAGAAAGGUUCAACACCCAUAUCAUAUUCUAGUAAUAGGAACUCAAGAAUGUCAACAUAACAUCCAACAUUCGGUAUUUUUCCCUUCAAAAGAUGAAUGGGAAUCAAGGUUAAAAAAUUAUCUGGGUGAUACUUAUGUUCUGGUUAAAACUGAAACGAUGGCUGCAUUACAUUUGACUCUCCUACAAAACGACCAAUUAAAACAAGAACUUUCAAAUUUUCCCCCUUUUUUUAAUUUCAACGAAUCUAGAAUAGAUUUUAAUCCGACUUUUAAAUUUGAUAUAACUCAUCGUCUAAAUCAUAAUAAUGAUGAAUAUUCUCCAUUAUCUCGAUAUUCAUCUACAUCUGCAUUAGCCGAUUCAAAUUCACCAAGGUACGAUUCAGGUCCAAAACAACGUGUACCAAGUUGGACUGAUAGAAUAAUUUUUAAAACUCGUUUACCUCCACCAAAAAAUGUAAAAAAUAAGAGAAUUGAUGUUGGAAGGUAUACAAGUCAUAUGAAUGUCAUAGGUUUUUCGGAUCAUAGACCUGUUACUGGUUGCUUUUUCGUGGACUUUGAUUGGAAAUUAGAAAAAGAACUAUUAGAAAGACAGGUAUUGUUGGUGGAACAAGAAGGAAAAAAAGUUUUUGGAAAGUUUUAA